GUAGCUUUCACGUAGCUGUGACUCUCUCUCUACUGUCUCUCUUAUACAAGAGAGACAGAGGAGAGGGCAGAAACUGAGGAAGAGAUGGGGGAGAUCCACCAUCCACAGGUCAUCCCCAAGGUGGUCACCUUCCUCUCUUCUCUGUUGGAGAGAGUAGCAGAGUCUAAUGAUAUUGCUGAAGCUGCCUUCUUUUCUGGGUCGCCGCCAUUGUCAUCAUCACCGCCAUCGCCGUCUUCUGCCCUACCGCCGUUUUCUUUCCCGCAGAGGACUUCCGUGUUCCAUGGACUCACCAGACCCACCAUCUCAAUCCGCAGCUACCUAGAGCGGAUCUUCCGGUACGCCAAUUGCAGCCCCUCUUGCUUUGUGGUCGCCUACAUCUACCUCGACCGGUUCGCGAGCAAGCAGCCGGCGACGCCCAUCACCUCCUACAACGUCCACCGUCUCCUCAUCACCAGCGUCAUGGUCGCCGCAAAAUUCUUGGAUGACCUGUACUACAACAAUGCUUAUUAUGCCAAAGUCGGUGGGGUUAGCACCACUGAGAUGAACUGUUUGGAGAUUGAUUUCCUUUUCAGCCUCGGAUUCCAACUGAACGUCACGCCGCCGACGUUCCAUGCUUACUGCAUGUAUCUGCAGAGGGGGAUGCUGGAGUUUGAGUACUGCAACAUACAGAGACCACUCAGGAUCCAUGGCUGUUAUGCUUCUUCACCUUCUGGUUCUUCUGAUGAGGCCACCUCUCAGAAUCAACAGUUUGCUGUUUGUUGUACAGACAAUUCUGUGUAAAUAUAGGAGACUAUGGAAAUCAAUCCACCCCCCCCUUUUCUUCUA